AUGGACACAACCACCGUCCCAUCAUCCCUUGCCAAAGACAAAGGCAAAGGUCGCGCACCCGUCUCCGCCUACGACACCUCCCCCUCCGAGACCACACCCCUCCUCGCCUCCUCCUCCUCCCGUGGUCCUUCCUCCUCACCAUCUCGUGGGGACAACCCGAUUCACGAUGAGGAGGUCUCCAUCCUCCAAGCGACGAGUAAUUCUCGACGCGCACGUCUGAUACGAACGCUAUGGACCGUCUUCUUCACGACGCUCAUAUUCAUGCUCCUCGUCCUCCUCUCCCUCCUCUUCCUCGCAUAUUCCUACCAAGCUCGCGCAUCGUCCAUUUCUCUCGAUGAGGAGACGCUAGCGAGGUCGGUUGUGUGGAUCGGGCCGGAGAGUGUGGAUGUGAUUAAUAUUACGAAGGAUGAGGGGGUUUGGGUAAGAGUGCAGGGUCGGGUCGGGGUGGACGCGGGUGGUCUUAUGGGUUUUCAUGAAGAAGAGGACGAAGACGAAGAUGGGUGGUUACGAGGGGUCUGGAAGUCCAUCGGACGGUGGGGGAUCGAUACCCUCGGCGAAGUCUCCAUCGAAGUUUCCUCCAUCACACUCCGCUCUCUCCCCUCCUCCUCCGCCUCCUCAGACCCGAACACAAAUAACACGUCAACAUUCCUCGCCUCCAUCUCCCUCCCCCCAACCUCCAUCCCCCUAACCUCUUCCCCCCCAAAACACCCCUCCCAAAACCUCUCCUGGCUCACCCCCCUCUCCCUCCCCCUCCACAUCCAACCCACAACCAACACCUCCAUCUGGCUCGACUUCGCCAAAUCCUGCUGGCGAGACGGCUCCAUCAGCGCUAGUGUCCAUGUCAGUGAGGUGACGGUGCGCGGGGGCGGCGUGGGCGAUAGAGGGUGGAGGGGAAAAGUGGAGAAGACGGUGGAGGAUGUGAGGGGGGUGUUGAGGCAGAAAAUCCCCCGCAUACCCGGCCUCCCCACCCCCGGCCAAGGCCAAUCCACAUCGUACCCAACACUCGAACACCUCGUCUCCCUCGAAUCCUUCCACAUCUCUACCGUCGCUUCUCCACCUCCUGCACCACGCUCACCACGAUCGCAUAACGCCCCGUCAUCUCCUCCUUCGUCAUCAUCACCACCGCAUACAGACCCACCGACCCCCCUCCCAGCCCAUCUCUUCAUCACAGCUCGCGCGACUGUCCUCAAUCCCAUUCCUGCGCUCGCUAAUACUACUGGAUCGGAGCUGCCGUUCUUUAAUUUCACGGUUCCGUCGUUACCGUUUAUUAUCGCUAUUCCGUCCGCUCCUUCCAACUCCAACUCCAGCAUCCACCACGCGGGACAGAACGAGGAGGGGUACGAGAAGGGACAAGUGGAAGGAGACGAAGAAGACGACGAACCGUUAACGAUCGCCUACGUCGAGACUGCACCUCUGCAGGUCACGUCCGCCUUCGCGUCUGAGCAGGGAAAUUUCACGUUGCGGAUUGAGGGGUAUUUACUUCCGCUGCCUGGGGCGCUCGCUCAAUCCUCCUUGUCCGCUGUCGACUCGUCCGCCCGAGCGUCGAACUCAGCCGCAGAUGGAGAUGGAGAUGUAGAUGCAGGUGUGGAUGCAAAGACAGGUGUGGAUGCAGAUGCGAAGACAGGCGUGGAUGCAAACGCAAGGAGCGCACACGCAUCCAGAGCCCUCUCCGCUUUCUUAUCCACCUACCUCUCCUCCCAACCUUCCCUCAUCCUCAUCUCUUCGCCGCUCUUUCCCUCUCCUUCUCCUGGCGAUCAUGACCAUGGCAGCGGCGGUGGAGGUGGGAAUGGUGGAGGUGGUGGGAAUGGGAAGAAAGGAAAGGGCAAGAAAGCGAAGAAAACAUGGAUAAAAACGACAUUCCCCGCUCCAGUCCCGAAACCGCGCAUAUUGCGGGACGUGACGAUUAAAGACAUGGUCAUUCGGCCGCCUGGCUCUCCUGCCCAUCUCUCCUCCCUCGACUCCGACUCCGACCUCAAAUCACUCCCCCCCUCCGACGUUCGCCCCGAUGACGACGUGAGCAUGAUCUCCACGAACUGGGUCGUCAAAUCCGGAACCGUCCUCGCUAAGGUCGUCCUUCCCAAAGGUCUCGAUGUGCGUCUGGACGUGCGGGGCGUUUUGCCGGAUCUGCUGAUUUUUGAUGGGGCGGUUCCGCCUUCUUCGGUUUCGGUUUCGUUCGAUGGUCAUUCCAUCCCACCGGCCUUUGAGAUCGAUGCUGACCCCGUCGAGGCAGCUUUUGACUUCGACGGUCAGGACACUUUCGAGGAAUAUCUGAGGAACGGAAUGAGUGCGAAGGACACGUUAACGAUGAUAGCGCCCCCGUUACCCCCCGAACGACCCCUUCCGAGCCCGAUCCCGCCGAACGCGUUCGCGCAUAUCAGGCCGGGGGAGUGGUUGGUCGCUUCCUCUAAUUCUAGCAUUGAGCAAGGAGAUCGUCAGGUCAGAAAUGCGGACGGGGGGUAUGGGGAAGGUGGAAAUGGGGAUGGAGAGGAAGAGGAAGAAGGAAGCGUGACGUACGUGAGCGCGCAGAUUGUUGAUGUGCCGUUGGAGGUCUUGCCUGGCCGGGAGAACGAUUUCGGGAAGUUUGUGAGGAAGGUCAUCUUCGGAGGCUCAGAAGGCGCACUGGCGGGCAUUCAGGGCGUAGCGGGCGUGGUUGUGAGUAUCGACGGGCUGUUACUUAGUGAGUCCAGCGACGCCCCCAGCGACAUGAAAGACAAGGAGGGUGAUGGACGGGAUGGAGGAGGGGAGAAGGAGAUGCGGGGGAUGGUGUUGCAGGGAUUGCCGUUUGAGGGGAACGUGCGGAUCGGGAAGAAGAGUUUGUGAUCCUUUCGGGUAUCUGAGUAUCUCUGGUGGGGCGGUAAUGACAGUUGGAUAGUCGCGCGGAGGGUAGGUGUAGAGUAUUCGUGUAGGAUUUUUUUUGUCUCGCGGUCUGUGCCAGCGCAUGGUACGAGUAAUAUCCCCCUCUCAUCCUUGGAACGUCUGUAUGUAUUGUAUUUUUACGCUUACGCUCGUUGCUCGCGUCUCUCAUUGUAGUGUAUAUAGAGUUGGACAUUGGAUGCUUUGUUUUUGCUGUCG